AUGACACAGAUGACAAAGGCAGACGAAAAGGACGGAGAAAUGAAUGGUCGUAGUUUACUUGAAAAUCUAAACAGUGACGUUGAGUUGUAUCACAAGAAAGUUCUACUCAAGCGGAUGAUUGAGCGGAACUUGGAAAAGGAGCGGGAGACCCAGGAAAAUGUGAUCCCCCAUGAGGAAUCUAAAGAUGCGGGAGAAGAAAUGGAGGGUGUACAAGAUGCCACUGUGCCGGCUGAAGAGGUUAAGGAAAUCUCCAGAGAGAUUAAUGACAUUUCUGAGGAAGUGACAACGAUUAAAAAUACAGCAGAAGAGGCGGUAAAAGCUGCCAGUAAGGCAGAUGAGGAUAAACAUGCUGCGGAUAAACAUGCUGCGGGAAACAAGGAGGCGGAUGAUGAAAAUGCGGAUAAUCAGAACGGGAACGAGAAUGAGAACGGGAACAACGGGAACGAGAAUGUGAACGCGGACUCACAGACCCCAGCAGAUCAACCACACUCGUCUUCCGAUUACAAAAAAAGAAGAGGAGUUACAAUUCCGUGGAGCAAAACAGAAGAUGACGCGAUAGUGUACUACAAAGAAGAAAUGAAAUACUCUUGGAAACGGAUCGAAGAACUAUUGAAGCAUCGACAUUCAUGGCAGGCAAUUCAAAUGCGGUACUUGAGAAAUCAUAAGUCGCGUAACGAAGAAUGGUCGCGAUACAUGGAAAUUAAAUUGAUCAAUAAUAUUCGAAAGGACUGGGAAAACCGAUGGAGAAGAAUCAGCGCGGAUCUGGGAAAGGACUUCAGUGUGGAGAGAUGUAUGAAUAAGAAUAUUGAGAUAUGUAAGAAGAUGGAGAUUCCGUACUAUUCGAGUGUCUUCGAGAACAAGGAUAUUACUCAAGGAUACGAGAACCCUUUCCACGAUAUCAAGGAUCCCGAGCAGCAUAAAAAAUUGAUGUUGGUGUAUAUGGGAUUGGAUUCGAUCAGUUAUGAGGAUGCAGAAGAGCCUGGCGCAAAGGAGGAAUAG